AUGAAGUGCUCUAGUUUCGUCAUCGGCGUUCUCGCAACACUUGCGGCUGCACAAACACCAUCCCCGUACACCGAUACCAAAUCAGGCAUUACAUUCAACACCCUCCAGCACAGUAGUGGCAUGUUCUUCGGUCUUGCACUUCCAGCCAACGCCACCGGAAACACUGACUUCAUUGCGACGAUCGGGGGCAAAGGCACGGGGUGGAGCGGUGUUUCUCUCGGAGGUGGAAUGCUCAACAAGCUCUUGAUCGUCGCUUGGCCAAACGCUCAAACUGUAGUGGGCAGCUUUAGGAAGACUGCUCAAUACGCCUCUCCAGCCAUCGCAACCGGCACUUUCACGCAGACCGCAAUAUCAAACGGCACAUACGUCAACAGCACGCACUGGACCUACACAUUCCUCUGCUCCAAGUGCAUUCAGACCGACGGCACGACUUUCAAGCCUACAGAUACAGCGCCAAGUCUCGGGUUCGCAUUCAAUCCGACAGCGCCGGCCCAAAAGACGAAUCCCGCUUCUAGUGUAUCGAAGCAUACGGCGCAGGGGCAAGCGGUAUUUGACCUAAGCAGAGCUAAGAGCGCGAACUUCGAGGUCUGGAAGGGCUACGCUGUGCCGAAAGUCGCUACGGGCUUUGCGGGCUAG